AGAGGGAAAUCCCUCCUCUCGGCAGCGGCGGCGGACGAGAACCUCCGGCCACCAGGAGGAGGCAGCUCCGCCCCGCCAACAAACUUCUCCAUUUAGCCCUUUUUUUGUCUCCGGCCGUGGACCGCCGAAGGGGUAUGUGUGUGGAAACCCGCUUUACUAGUCGGUCCUGAAGAAAGAAAAACCUACAGAAGUUCUCUCUCUCUCUCUCUCUUUGGUCGCACUUUCGGCUCCUCUUCCCUGGUGCCUACACUGAGCACAACCAGCCCAGGGAGCAAGGAACACGUCUGAAGAGCGCCCGGGGAGCGCCAGGAAAACAGUCAUGUAGAACUGGCUACAUAAUUUCUGUGCUGCCUCUCUAGCAAAUACAAGACCUAAGGGAUUUGGUUGUUAAGAAAAACAACUUCAUAACUAUAAUGUAAACCUAGAAAGGUGUCAAACGGCAAGAAUUGCAGAAGGGCAGGUGAAAUACUGGAAACAGAAAGAUAAAAUGAGUGCAUCUGGAGGAAACUGUGCAAGUCCCACCUCAGCAGAACCGCCUACUGAUUAUUUCAAGGAACUGUGGUCCAAACUGAAGGAAUGCCACGACAAAGAAGUAAAAGGAUUACUCUUGAAGAUAUCCAAACUGAAAACUGAAAGGCGUAGAGAUGCAGAGAGGCUUGAUGAGUAUUACACAAAGAACCAGCAACUUAGAGAGCAACAGAAAUCUUUGCAUGACACAAUUACAGUUUUAGAAGAUCGGCUAAGAGCAGGGUUGUGUGAUCGUUGUGCAGUAACUGAAGAGCACAUGAAAAAGAAACAACAGGAAUUUGAAAACAUCCGGCAACAAAACCUUAAGCUAAUUACUGAAUUGAUGAAUGAAAGAAACAACUUACAGGAUGAAAAUAAAAAGAUUUCUGAACAGCUUCAGAAAAUGCAACAAAGGAUAGAAGAGCAGGAGCAAUAUAUGGAAGAAUGUAUUCCAGAUUCACCAGUUCAGUCACUUUCAACAGCUAAUCGAAUGCGCCGAAAACGAGAGAAUAGGCAUGUCAGAUACACAGAACAAAGGUGUACAGAUUUGGAACAGACAGGAAGACUUGAUGAGCUUGGGAAGAUCCCAUUGUCAUCUACACAACAAGAAGUCUGUUGUGGAGAAGAUGUAUUGGUGGAAGAUACCUGUGAUCCACAGCUUUCUCCAGUAUCAAGCAGAUAUAGUACAGCUGAAAAAGUGACAGGAGAGCAUCCUGAUAAAACAGUUUUUAACUUGGCUGCAGUUGUUGCAGAAACACUUGGGUUUGAUGAACCUGGGCCUCAGAACAAACCACAAGGAGUCUCCAGAAAACAAAUGGUGGGUCUUGGCCGCCCUAAGCAUAAUAAUAACAACCAGGGAUUUUCAGAGCCAUCUGCAAACAAUUCUCCACCUCCAGACUGGGAUUCUGAAGAACUAUCUCCUGUUUUUGGGAUGUCCGCUGCAAUGAAGAAGAACCUGGGCCUGACUGCAAGUUUUUCCCCUUCUGUGUUAGCAACAGGACAAAAAAGCCACAUAAGUGCUGAGAGCUCCAAAGCCCGGCUGAGGCAAAUGACACUCCAUGAUGUGGUUCAACCGCAUGUGAAAGAGUCUUCCUGUAAAAUCAUCAACGGUAACUGCUUAAUGAGCAAAGAUUCACAAGAGGAUCACUGUGUGCAGGAGGCAGUCCUGAAAUCUUUCAGCAAAUCAUCCCCAAAGGAAGAACUUGCACUUCCAAUAAAGGAGGAAAUUACUGCCUUUUGCAAUCCACCUUUGCCGAAGGAUGCCCUGGAAUCAGGCACCUCUAAUGCUGUGAAGGUCACAGAUGACCAUGAACCAAAGAGUAAGAGACUGAGACCAGGACUUGGAGUAGGUGAGCCAGCAUCUGUACUUCAGCCAAAUCCUUGCCGAUUGAAAAAAGACACACUUCACAACAAGCAAGAUAAAACAACUUUGGAAAGCGUGCAGUGGAGUAUAGAUCCGGGAGCUGACCUUUCCCAAUACAAAAUGGAUGUUACCCUAAUAGACACAAAAGAAGGCACCCAAGCCAGAACUGGAGUAGAGACCAUGGAUAUGGACUACACGUAUGUCAGUGAUAGUAUAUUGUUAAGAAAGAAGAAUCAAGAACAGGAGAAAGCAAGCAGUCCAAGUGUGGAGAAGAGAGAAAACGAUACCUUGGCAGAAAUAUUUGAUCGGACAUCGUGUGAAGAAUAUGAAUCCUAUUUAGAUGAUGAAAAUUUUCCUGAGUCUUCUCAGGAAGAAGAAGAACGAAAGACAGAAACAUCAACAGUAAAGAAAAACCUGCAGAGGUAUGAAAACAAACAAGAUAAAAUAAAACAGAAGGCUUUUGUGGAACCGUAUUUUAAAAGUAAUGAAAGAAGGAAUGCUGUACUAGAUUUUCCUCAUAUUGAGGUUGUACGAAAAAAAGAAGAAAGAAGAAAAUUACCUGGCCACACCUGUAAGGAAUGUGAAGUAUAUUAUGCAGAUUUUCCAGAAGCAGAGAGAGAAAAGAAGGUAGCUACCUGUUCAAGGCAUCGAUCACGCUAUGUUCCUCCUGCCACACCAGAACAUUUCUGGGAAGUUGGGUUUCCCUCCACCCAGAUGUGUAUUGAAAGAGGUUAUAUAAAAGAAGACCUCAGUCCAUGCCCACGUCCUAAAAGAAGGCAGCCUUAUAAUGUGGUGUUUUCUCCAAAAGGCAAAGAACAGAAAACAUAGCUGAGAUGUCAAAAUGAGACAAUCAUACUUCGUUUCAAUUCAUAUUUAUGACUUGUAAAAUGAGACAUAAUUUGGAAAAUCAGGCAUUCCUUUCCUUUUACAAUUAAUAUAGACUCUAUUUAAUGUAAAUACUUCUUGAUUUUUUUAUAAGUUUUUGUGUCUCAUCCUGGUUUUGCACCUUGUAGUAUGGAGGGCAUAUUUCUGUUCCUUUGAAGUUUGCAGUCCAUCCCUCUACUGUCUGCAUUAAAACUUGGUAUAAGUUGGUAUGACUUCUUCGGCCCAAGCAGUUGCAGCUGUUCACUUCAGAUCUAGAAAAUGUAGGUGGAAAGCUAGUGGGUGCUUCUAUUUUGCACUGGAUAAUUUAAAUAACUGAUAACGUUUGCUUUUUUUUGUAAUUUUGAAAAAUAACAAAUAAACUGCAUUUUCUUAA